AUGGAAGAGAAAGGACCAUUAAAAUACGGAGGUGGUAGUGCUGCACAAAGUUCAACAAUCCAGUUGAUAGAUGCAUUUCUUCGUGUUGAACAUUCAGUGUCAUGGAAUUGUUGGCAAUCACAGCAGUUUCUAACAGGCUCUGAUACAAUACUUCACUGCUGUGAUUACAUUCUUACAAUAACUAUAACAGGAGACGAACGGACAUUUUUAAUGGAACAACGAGAACAUAUGCCACGGGAGCAUCGUGAGCUAAUUUACUGGGUUGAAGCUCAAACACCGAUCCAUAACUCGAUAGAAGGACGACAACGUGCACUAGACGCCUUAGUCGCGUUUCGUUCUACUCAUCUGAACUUGGUGUCUCAAUUCAUUCUCACACAAAUAGAACGGCAUUCGCAAACGACAGGAACUGGUGGCUCUUCAUUUGUCAAGUUUUUGAAGAACGUGAGAGCUGAUACUAAAUAA